CUUUCCAUUUGAAACAGUUGAUGCCCGAGAACGUUCCAACAUGUCCGAUUGCACAAGAGCGCCCGCGGGAAGCUAUUUGGGUUGUAUAUGACUCACUGCGGCCUAAACAGAAGCCUUGACACCAUGUCGAAGUCAGGGGACUUGGGCGCGGGACCGGCUUUAGCGCCUUGCACCCGCGCCCACGACUGAGACCACCUACUCAUCAACGCGGGCCCCCGCGAGCCCAAAGGCGGAGUCAGCAUGAACGACGCGGCGACCCUGCUCAAGUGGGCCCAGCAGCUGCCGGCCUCGGGUGCUAAUGGGCGCCAGGCGUGCAGCCGGCUGCUGGAGGCUGUGUCGCAGCAGCGCCUGGCCCUGCCGCUGCUGCACCAGGCGGGCCUCCUGCAGCCGCUGGUGGCGGCCCUGCGCAACAAGGACGCCGCCGCGCAGCAUCGCUCCGUGGCGGUGCUGCUGGAGGCGUGCCGCUGCGGCCCCGGCGGCGAGGCGCAGCUGGCGGCCGCAACCGGCUGCUGCCAGGCCCUGCUGGACAUGGUGGCCAGCCGCGCCACACACCCGCCCGGCAGUAGCAGCAAUAGCAGCAGCGCUGCCGCUACUGCUGCUGCUAUGGCUGGGGCCGGGGCGGCAGGCGCGGGCGCAGCGGGCAAGGGAGGCGGCGAGGGGGCUGCGGGGACACACCCCUGGUGGGAGGACCCGCAUGAGGCGGCGCGGGCUGCCUGCACGCUGCUGUGGCGGCUGAGCGGCGAUGACGAGGCGCGGGCGGCGCUGCUGGCGGGCACCACCUCACUGGUGCAGGUGCUGCUGGUGGUGCUGGGCGCGCAGUCCAGUCCGGCCCUGCGCAUGGCGGCCAGCGGCGCGCUGCACAACCUGGGCGAGGUGCCGCGCGUGCAGGCGCAGCUGGUCAGCCGGACACAGGAGCUUCUGCCUAUCCUGGUAGGACUGUUGGCGCGCGCGGGGCCCGAGUUGGCAGCCGCUCUGGAUGCGGGCGGCCUUCCCGGCGUGGGGCCGGUGGGCCACCUGGCAGCGGGCAGCAGUGACGUUGGGUACUGGUCGUCGCUGUUGCUUCCGGGGCCCCAGCACAACGAGCCGGGGGGCUGGGCUGCGCAGUACACCGCCGCCGGGCCCGCGGCUGCGUCGCCCGAGGCGUCCCCGCGCUGGCCGUCUGGAGCGGCCGUCCCCGGCGCGCUGCUGCUCACCGCUCACAGCCUGACAUCGCCGCCAGGGCAGCAGCCGCAGCCUGGCUAUCGCGGAAUGCAGCAGCUGCUGCAGGCGCGGCUGCGGGAUGUGACGGCACCAGGUGGCGGGCAUGUGCGGGCUGGCGGCGGCGGCGGUGGCAGCGGCGGCGGCGCGCGCAGCGCUGCCGGCAGCGGCGGCGGCGCUGGACCGGGGUCGCAGGCGACUGCCGCUGGCUCAUCGCAAACGCCUGUGUCUGCCGCUUCGUGGGCCCUGGCGCUACCCGGGCGGACUCAGGCCCUGGCGGACGCCGUGGCGCCUGCGGAGGCGGUGGCGGCGACGCUGGUCCAUGUUGCUGGGCUGCUGCGCGUGCUGUGCUGCGAGCCCACCGUGGCGGCCGCCAUGGCCACGCAGCAGGAGGGGCAGCCGCUGCGGCGCCUGCUGCGCGCCGCGGCGCAAACCGGUGUCCUCCUUGCGGCGGCUGCCGCCGCUGCGGCCGCACCUUCCAGUGCCCCUGCCACCUCGCUACCACAGCGCCAGGGCACGCUGCCGGCGUCCGCCGGGCCUGGCGGGGCGUCGGCAACGCCGCAGAUGAUGCAAACGCCAACGUCGCCACUGUCACAGCAGGCGGCGGCGCAGCGCACCUCGCCGGCCCAGCCCCAUGUCGAUUUGCUCGUGCGCUUUCAGCUGCUGUGUGGUGGCACACUCGCGGCCGUGCUGGCGCACCCGCCUGCGAGCGCAGCCGCCUUGACGGAGCUGGCAGCUGCUACCGGCGCCCCCGGAGACGGCGGCGGCAGCGGCGCCGCACGGCCCACCACCGGCCGCACGCCCACUGCCUCCACGUCGGGCGCAGCAGGGGCGGCGGGGGCGGGGCAGCCGCCGGCGCUCGCAGCCUCGGCGUCGGCAGCGGGCCUGCUUGCGGCGGCGGCGGUUGCGCCCGCCGCCAUGUCAGCACUGUACUGCUACUGCUGUACGGAGGCGGAUGCCAACGGCCUUGUCGUACUGCUGGCGAAUCCCGGCGUGGCGGCGGCGCUCGCGAUCGCGCUACAGUACGGCGCCCGCGCACUGGGCUCCCAAGAGACCGCUCUGCCCUUCCCGCACCCACACGCGCCGCCACAACGUGCCGCGGUGUCCAUGACAGGGGCGGCGGCGGCCGCAGCUGGCGCCGCGGGCGGCGCGCAGGCGGCUGUUGGCGGCGAUACUGGCGGCAGCAGCGACGGCUGGUAUGCAGGACCGGUAGAGCCGCGCGCGGCCAUGGCGGCGGCGGCCUUGGCGCUGCACCUAAUGCGCACCGCUGCGUCCAUUCCCAUUGACCAGGCCACACCUUAUGGUCACGGCGGCAAUGGCGGCGUAGUGAGUGCUAGCACCAGCGUCAGCGGUGGCGUCCUGCUCUCACCUCAACACAACGCCGCUGGUGCCGGUGCCGGUGCCGUGCCUGCCGGCAUAGCGUCGGCGUCCGCCUCUGCUGCGGCUGUAGCCGCAGCAGCAGCCACGGCUGCUGGCGGCGGCGGCGCCGGCUCAGCCUUGUCGCCGACGUCGGUGCUGGCGGUGGAAGGGCUGGUGGCGGCGGACUGCGGUGCACUAGCAAGCUUGGGUCAGAUCGUGUACGUCCUCAUUCACCGCAGCUUGACGCCUGCGGCGGCGGCCGGCGGCGGCGCUGGCGGCGGCCCGCCGCCCAUGGAUGAAUCUGCGCUGGCACUGCAGGCCCUGGCUGCCGGCACCGCGGCGCGGCUGGCGGCACACCAUGCCGCGCGCGGCGCGGCCGCGAUGCGGGAAACCCUGGGGCCGCCAUUGGAGGUGCUGUCGGCACUGGCUCUGCUGCUGCUACUGCCGCCGUCAGCGGCCGGCGACGCGGCGGCGGCGCGGGUGGCGGGGGUGGGCGGCCCGCCGGGCGCCAGCAAGAGCUUCGUGGCGUCGUUCCUGGCGGCGGUGGCGCAGCACGGCCCCUACAGCUAUGAGAUGUUCACACAGAUAAUCGUGGCCACACGCGGCGCCCUGGGCUCCAUCAUUGGCCUGCUGCCCAAUCCCGCCGCCCUGGCCGCACAAGCCGCCGCCGCCGCGGCCGGGCCAGCCCCCGGCACCCGCGGCGGCGACGGCUCCGGCCCCUUGCACCUCCUUCCCUCAGCGCCCAACUCCGCCGACUUCGCCCGCGCCUCCGCCGGCCUCUCCCCGUCCACCACCACGCCUGGAGCCACGCCGCCGGCCGCCGUGGGGCUUGGCGGGCGUCCGAACAGCGCGGCUUCGGGGCUCACUGGCGGCGGCGUGGGCGGCGGCGUGCUGCCCACGGACCCGUACGAGGGCUGUGCGGCGGCGGGCGUGGAGGCGGCGCUGGCGCUGUGUGCGGUGGCGGCUCACAGCCGGGAGGUGGCGCGGGUGCUGGCGGGCAAGACCACCCUGGUGGCCACACUGCUGGCCGUGCUGCGGGAGCGCCGGGCAGUGCUGCCCGUCGAGGGCUCGGCCGCUGUCUCUGCUGGCCAGGGCCAGGGCCACUGGCUGUGGCAGUCGGUGCGCAUCAAGGUGCUGCGGGUGCUGUGCACACUCACCAGCCAGCUGGGCGAUGCGGCUGUGCGCUCCGAGCUGGUGGGCGACACGGCACUGCUGCCGGCACUGAGCCACUGCCUGGGGCCCAGCCAGCCGCCGGCGGUGGUGGCGGCGGCGCUGGAGUGGCUGGCACUGCUGCUGCAGCACCCCGCCUUCGUCAGUGAGCGCCUGACAGGACCAACCCUGAAUGAGGUCCUUGGGCGGCUGUUGGAGCUGCUGCAGCUGCUGCCGCCGGCGGGGCCUGCCGCCGUGGGCUCCCUCACGCCCUCUCGGGCCGCCUCGCUCGCCACCAUGAACCUCGGCGGGCCGCCGGGCGCAGGCGCAGCUGCAGCAGCCACUGCAGCCGCCGCCGCCUCAGCCGGCCGCGGCGGGCGGCCGCCUGCUUCCGGCUCCAACAUCCCCGGCGGCGCCGGCGUCUCGGCUGCCUCGCCCACCUCAUCCACGCCCGCCGGCGCCGCCGCUUCCGCCGGACUCAACAGCAGCCUCCGCGGUGGCGGCGCCGGCCUCCUGCUCGGCACCGGCGCCUCCAGCACCAGCCUCAACAGCAGCCUGCGCGGCGGAGGAGGCGGCGGAGGCGGUGGCGGCGCCAACUUGAACGGCAGCCUGCGCAGCGGCGGCGCAGCGGCGUCUGCCUUUCAGCAGGCAGCUGCAAGCGCUGGUGCGGCGGCGACGGCGCCGUCGGGGCCGCCACAGGACCUGUCGGCGUCCCAUCCGGGGGUGGCGGCGGCGGCGGCCGUGGCGCUGCACCGCCUGGCCGCCGCCAGCCCGGCGCUGCCGCCGCAGCUGUGUGCGGUGCCGGGGCUGGUGGCGGCAGCGCUGCGGCAGGUGGCGGCGCUGCUGGACCAGCUGGAGCUAGACGGCUACCUGCUGCCGGCGCUCACCGCCACGCGGCUGAGUGCGUUGCUGGCGCUGCUGGCGGUGCUGGCGGAGAGCGGCGAGCCGGCGGAGCCGUCACCGCCGCCGCUGCGGCUGCUGCAACGCAAGAGCAGCACCCUGGGGCUGGGGCUGGGCCUGGCCCUGGGCAGCGGCAACGCCCGCCACUUCUUUAAGCGCUCCUCCAGCACCUCAAGCGACUGGCCGCACGGCAGUGUCGCUGGCGGCGGCGGCGGCGGCGGGGCUGCCGGCGCCGGCUCCGUCGCGAUGGGCGGCGGGCGCGGGGGUGUAGGCGGCCGGGCCGGCGCUGGGCCGGAUGGUCGCGGCGGUGAGGCUGGUGAGGACGGCGGCGGAGCAGGGGCGGGGGCGGAGCCCACGGAUGCGCUGGACCAAAUCAUGUCAGCGCCGGGGGCGUUUGACGUGUUCUGUGAGGCGGUGGAGGCGAUGGCGGCAGUGGCGGAGGCGGAGGAGCGGGCACGGCACAGCCGCAGCGCCGGCGGCCCCGGGUUCGGAGGUGGAGGCGGCGGCGGGGGCGGGGGCAGCUUGCCUGGGCCCGAGAGCGGCAGCAUGAUCGGAGGGGGCAGCGGCAACACGGGCACGCGUGGGGCUUCACGAACGCUGGCACCGUACCUCGGCGGGGGUAGCGGGGCAGGAGGCGGCGGCGGCGGUGCGCGCAGCAGCGGCGGCAGCCCUACUCGCCAUAUGGGUCCUCUCUCGCCGCCCUUCUCACCCAGCAGUGCCGGUGGCGCGUCGUCAAACCAGGACCACCUGGGUGUUGGUGCCACCAGCCCGUGGGGCUCCAAGCCGCAAGGAGCAGGCGGCGGCGCCGACGGCGCCGGGGCGGCCGCAUCGCGCGACAGCCCCUCCGGCGGCGUCGGCAUCAGCCCCGCUCGACACCGCCGGCGCCCCAGCCAGUCGACACAGUUCACAGCCGAGGCCUCCGCCGCCUGGUCUGCCGCCAUGGCGGCGGGUGUGGAGCGCGCCUCAGCUGCACAGCUCGCUGCUGUUCGCGGCGGCGCCCUGGGCUGCCUGGCUCGACUGGUGGGGCACUGGGCGGCGCAGCUAGAGGCAGAGGCGGAGGCCGCCGCUGCGGUUGGCGGCGGAGGUGGAGGCGGCGGAGGGGAAGGAGGGGCAGGCGGUGGCGGUGGGGCCGGCGGCAGCGUCAGUGUGGUGGUGGUGGCGGCGGUGCCGGGGCUGUUGGCGGAGCUGGAGGCGCACGUGGGGCCGCUGGCGCCAUCAGCGGCGGCGGCGGCGGCGGCUGGGGGAGGCGGCGCGGGCCAGGCGGAAGUGCUCCGAGUGGACCACCCCGACCCCCGCACACCGCCGCCACUGCCCUCCGUCAUCGCCGCCCGCACCACCGGCCGCCCCAGCCGCCUGGCGGGCAGCCUGCCACCGCUGCCCACGCCCGGACCGCCGCCGGGGCUGGGCGACGUGGUGAUGGUGUCGUACGGCGGCACGGCGGCGCAGCGGCAGCAGGGGCAGGCGCAGUACAGGCAGGGCGGGCCAGGCGAGCGGCCGGGUGCAGGUGGAGGUGAAGGUGGAGGUGGUGGCGGCGGCGGUGGAGGUGGAGGGAGCUCCCAGCCGCACACGGGCCUGCUGCGGCGGGUUGUGCAGGUGUGCUGCAAGCUGAUGGCGCCCAGCGAGCCGGCGGCCCUGCGCGCCCCCGCCACCGCCGUGGUGGCCACCGUGCUGGCGCUGGCAGAGGAGCUGGCCGCGGUGAUGGCGCUCACACUGCCGCAGCUGCUGGAGCGACUGCUCGACGUGGCGGCGCUGCUAGGGCGGGGCGGCGGCGAGGGUGCCGACGGAGCCGGUGGUGCAGGGGCAGGAGAAGGCGUGGGAGCAGGAGGAGGAGGAGGUGGAGGUGCUGGGAAGGGCCGGGAGGGGGUGGAGCGCAGUCUGAGUCGGCGCGGCGGGCGGAGCGUGUCGUUCGGGGCUGCGGGCGCGAGCAUGAGCGCGUCCGCCGCUGCGGCUUCGGCGGUUGGGGUUGGCGGCGGCGGCGGCGCUGUGGAGGGCGGUGUGGGGGAGCUGCAGGAGGCGAUGCAGCUGGAUGCGGAGGCGGCGCUGACGGCGCUGGAUGUGCUGAUGCAGCUGGCGCAGAACGCCUGGACCAAGCCCCGCCUGGCCAGCCACCCGCGCCUGGCCGACUGCCUGGACGCGCUGCUGGAGGAGGACUCGGCGGUGACACUGCGCGCCCUGCUGGAGAGCCGGGCGGCGCAGCAGCUGCAGCAGCAGCAGGCGGCGGCGGGCUCCAGGGGCGGCGCCGGCACGGCGAGCCAGCCGCCCACGGCGGGAGGCACGGGCGGCGGCCCCGGGCCCCACCCCACUGCGGGGCAGCAGCAGCAGCAGCAGCAGCUGCAUCUCAGUCACCUGGCGCCGUUGCAGCACUCGCCGUCGGGCGGCGGGCACCACCCGCACGGCCCUGCCCAUGGGCACGCGCACGCCGGCCCGCACAUGUCGCGAACUGACACCGCCGGCAGCCAUGCAAGUCAAGCCCCGGGCGCGUCAAAGCGCAGUCUUGCGCUGCGCGCUCAAACACCGCUAGCCACGCCUGCCCGCCCGCCCACUUGUUGAGGAUUUUGGCUCGGCUGACGCUGUUGCUGGCUGCGGGUGCUUCACACGCGAUACAGCUAUGCUGUCUGGCACCGGUAGUGGGGGAAGACUUAUGGCGCGUGUGGUUAACAAAGCAAGCGCU